GCCAUGUUGGAAAUUUCCGUUCAUUUUCAAUUUCGUCGUGGUAAAGAGCGUUUGUCUGUGAAGUGUAGUGAAGUGCUGGCAGUCAGCCGCCUGUUCGGAUUCAGUCCCAUUGCGUUUCGCGUGGGUCUGCAUUCGACGGCCGCCAUCUUGUUGCCGCAUGGGGCGUGGCCGCUGCUGGCUACAAAAUGGGUUUGUAACGGUAUCAUGCAUUUAUAUUUAGUUAAUUUGUUAAUUAAUUGUAAAUAUUUCAAUUUUUUUUAAUUCAAUAAUAAAUUGGAAUUUGUUUUUAUUCAUAUUGAAUACAAAAUUGUAACAUAUGUUUAAGUAUGAAAAUAAAAGAGUAUUUGAUGAAAAUUUGUCGUAUUGAAUUUUAUUUUCUCUACAUAUUGUAAUUUCACCCAACAUGUAUUAUUCCAUGAGUCAUCGCCAUCUCUUCGUGAAGACGUGCAGUUGCGAUGCAGACGAGUUACAAGCUUAUGAGAGCUGUCUGCAGAGACACAGCCGCUACCGCUGCCGAUAACGAGGUCGCCGGAUGUCGUGGCGACAUUCGGAACUGCCACAUGCUAAAGGUCACGCGCACUCAGUCCCGGUUAUCAGCCCAUAGGUAAAGCUAGGGAAUUGAGCAAUCGUUUCAUCAUUUAACAAUGUGUAGGCCUGUAUGCAGGCCGUCGUGUGUGCUAUUUCUUAAAUCCCAGAUGUCACAACUGCCGCUGCUGCCAGAGCAGGCCGCAUUGGGAUUGGAUACGCGCACAACAACGCCUGCGUCUCUACUUGAACGAGGUGUGCUUACUUGCGUAUGACGGAUGUUUAGAAUUGAUAUCGGCAUAAGAAAAUAAACAUGAAGCGGUACUUACGGUGAGUCAUUGUUAUUCAUGCAAAUGCAAGCUGAGGCUAACAAUGAUUUUCUAUACUGAUUGUAUCAAUGUCAACAAAUUGCAAAUGUUGUGCAAUAAUAUUAAAUCCAUACAGGUUUAUUUUUUAUUUGAAACUUUAACGUGGCUCCCAGAAGAUAGUAAAUAAAGGAAAAAGCAGAAAUAGAAAUGGGAUAAUGGUACUACGGUUUUAACACAACCCUUACAGGUGAAGCGAAAAGUAUAUUGAUUUUUAUUAUUUGCAAAUUGCAUUUAUGAAAUGAAGUUACUUAGACUUAAACUAAAUUUAAAAAUAAUACAAAAUAGAUAUUUAACAAUGUGACUGUGGGCUGAUCUAUUUCCGGGACUUUAAGAUUUGAAUGAAUAUUGUCAAAUAUAAAGGUAUAGGUAAAAUGGCCAUGGUUUAGGAUUGGACAAGGGCUUGUAGUUUAAAUGGUAAGUAUCGUAGGGAAUUUUCGUGCGCGAUUUACUCAACAGUUGCAGAAAUGCAAUAGAAACUUAUUUGUAAAUGUAAAUUUCACAGCUGUUACGGUGGCGGUGACUCGUGACGAACUAAUUUAUACAUGAAAGCAACUUGCAGCCUUCGUAAGAAAGGUCGUCUACUGCACACCGCAAAAGAAUGCACUAUCUCCAUAAACAGAUAAGUCAUAAUAUAAUGAAAAAGCUAAAUAUAAUAAGCAAAAUAUAAGCUGAAUUAAUAAAAUCUUCAUAGAUCUAAGUUGCAUAUUCCAAUGGUAAGUGCAACAAUAUACCAAAUGUGGAGUUUAACACAUUAAGAAAUUAUGACUUGAAUUUCGGAAUACUUUUCAAACUCGUGUGGUACAACGGUGGGGUGGGGGGGAACUAAUUAUUUUAAAUUUACAGAUUAAGCUGAUUUAUUGUUCCUAAUUAAUUUUAUACAAAAACAAUAUGGAAGUAUAUAUGACGCGAUAAUUUAAUCCCUGGUGAUUACAAAUAGGAAAAUUAUUAGUUUGAUGCCUAAUGUCGGCAGCAGUUAGGAAAUACCUAAAAUUUUAGUUUAUGAUGUGUUAGACAUUAUCAACUAUAUCGAAAUACGUAUGAAAGAUGAAAUAUAUCUUAAGUUAUAUACUGUGGAUAAUGUAUUACAAUAUAAAUUAUACAUGUUCGGUAUAUUUUACACAAAAGCAUGGGAAAUAACAGAACGGUAUGUUAUUUUGAUGACUAUUGCAAAUCUUUGUCUAGUCCAAGGGGUUGGUAUGAGCUAAUUUUUCAGCUAUAUUAAAUUAAACCCAUGCAUGCUACCAUUCCUACAAAAUUUGUUCUUUCAGAUCACAUAGGUAUCUAGCUAAUCUUAUAUGUAGAAUGUGAAGUAAUGAGUGGUGGCCAAAUAGUUCAUCUCUUGACAAUAUGCGUAUCGUGGUACUUGCUAUUGCUUGGGAUUGUGGAAUGUUCGAAGUUGCUGAAAGUAAUAUGGGCUAGUUUGAGCAACCUGCUUGUAAAAAGUUAGCAAUUUUUUUAUUGAUGAAUGGAGUUUUAUUGAUGUACGACUGCAUUACUAAGCAAUAAUGACAAAUAUGCAAUAUCCUACAGCACUGUUCUCCCAUUGCACAGGUAACAAUAGGUUUCGUCUAUAGAUUUUUAUACCUAAUUCUUUACAUAUAUUUUUUUCUUAUUAAUUUUGCCAUAUUGAGAUGUAGAAACUACUCUGUGUUUGGCUUUUUGUUUAACCAAUUCAUUACAGCAUAUCGCAAGGCAAGCUAGUAAUUUAAAUUUCGGGAAAAUCUGUAUCAAAAUUCUGGAGUUGUGGUAUCAAACUAAAGCUUUUAUUAGUGGAUCUAAAGUUAGAAGAUUGCUUAUAUUAGGAGAUGACAAUGCAUCUAUAAUUGGAGAUCAAUGUGCAUGGAAUGAGUAACACAUUUUAUCACAGUAUGUGGAUUUUCUCCUGGUAACAUCUUUUAAUUUAGUUGCACUUCUCGCUGGUGUCUCAACCAAUCACCAUUCAAAAUACAGCCAGAACAAGGGAUUUUACGUCGUCUGAUGAAGCCAUGAUAUAAUAGAGGUUUAUUAACCACAUUGGAACAAUAUCAUUGCUGACAUAACUUCAAAGAGUAAAUGAUGUUCAAAUAAUAAUAUGCUUUGAAAGGGUAACAUUAUAACUUUAACAAUGAAGAUAAUGUGCCAUGUAAAAGCUAAUUUCCUUGAUAAGUACAAUAAUGAAGAGCAAGAGACCUAAUCUGCAUUUCUUGAGUUCAGGACUUCAAGACAUCAAUGGUUGUGCACAUCAUUGUAUUUCAGGUACAUUUUUAUCCAUCUUUCCAAAGAAGUUCAAUCAAUCUGAGUACACCAAUCAAUCACAUCAUUUAGGUUUUAUAAAAACUAGUUUAUCUUGCUGGAAUAUGGCGAGUUAAAUGGAUUUUGAAAUACAUGUAACAGUACAUGGACACCAUGGGAUUAAACAUUAUUUUUGUGAAAUAUUUUCGAAAAAUGGACUCUAGGACAUUACAAAAUGAAAUUUAUUUAUUAUCUUCACCACAACCCCAUUCGGGAACAGCAAGGGUUAGAACCCCAACUUCAUUGAACCCCUAACACAUUUCCUUGAUAAUUGCAAAAAUAAUACUGACUGAAUUAGGAGCACCAACUUUUGACAUAACUGACAAUUUUAAUGGAUAGAACAUAACUGCUGAUGAAGAGGUAAAUAUCUUUUCGCCUUUGAAUAUAGACAAAUUGCAUGUAUAUACAAUUGAUUACUUUGUAUUUAUUUUGUAGAAUUAGUAAAAUGCUAAUAUAUUUGAUUUCUCAUUGUGUUGAUGACCUUUGGGGUCAUUUAUAAAUUUUAUUGUAAUAAUUUAUUCAGGUUUGGAAUGUUGAUUAUAUCAAGUUUUCCUGCAAAUUAUUUCUAGGAUUUUCUAUCCUACACUGCAUUCUAUAAAAUGCAAACAUAAGAACUUUGCACAUACCACACGGACUUCUAGAACUAUAAAAAAGAGGAAUUAUAAAAUACUGAAAAUAGAGCACCCAAGCAAUCUUAAUUCAUAGAACUCCCAAUUUUGGAUUUUACCAAAUUGUUUUCAGAUCAAGUUUUUAGGUAUAUUUAUACAAGUCUUAUAAUUUAACAUGCAAUAUUAAAAUAACAUAUAUGAAUGAAAUUGAAGUAUAUUCAACAACGAACAAGGAUUUAAAGUGAACAAACAUGUAUUUUGAUUCAUUACUAUGGUUAGAACGGAUACAAUGAGAUUUUAAUUUUAGCUUAAUUGUAUAAAAUGUUUUUGUAAGUAUAUCUUUGUGAUAAAAAGCAAUUAUAUGUUGGAAAAUUUGGACAGAAUUGCAAAGGUUAUAUUAAAAAAAAUAUUACUGGGCUUUCUGCCCUUGAAACUUAAUACGUCAGUUAAUUGUCUGCAGGUGGCGCUAAAUUGUAUGAAAAUUGUUAAAAAACGUACAAUGGAAUGUGUAUGGGAAUGUGUCAAAGAAAUUUUACCGAUACAGUCGUUCCCAUCAAAGGAAUUUAUAUACGAUUUAAAACUUCUUUUUUUCCAGUAUAUAUUUACUUGUUACACCGUCAUCUUUCUUAACAAGCUGUAAGAGGUACUUGCAUGGUACUUUAAUAUAAUAAUCUAAAAAUCCUUAUAUCUUUGUGAUAUUAUAUGAGCCAAUAAAAAAAUAAUGUAUAAAGGUAAAUCGCAUGUUGUGUAUGUACAACAUUAUGCGUUGUGUAUAUUGUAUUAUGCGCUAAUUAAGAUUUUAUGCGUAAGUUUGUGAAGAUGAAAUGUUACAUUUAUUACUUUCGGCCUUGCAAGCUUGCCUUGAUAUAUCUACUGUUUCUUUACGAAUGUCGUGUGUGUUGUACAUCAUAUUACAGCCAUUACCAGCGUAAAGCAAAACAGAUCCAAGCAAGCAAAUCUCCCCAAGCUGUGUGUGUACUGUACGAUGCAGCUCUGUUGGCAUCAACUGCAGCACUCCCGACGCACCUGUGCUGCGGCUGUUCCUUUGCCAGACUCGCGAAUUCAAUCGCUGCGAGCGACGUAGCACGCGGUGGUGUUUGUGAGAUCUAUUCUUUAUUUAGAAUUGAUAUGCUUUUUAAAUUUUUGGUUUUAUUCGAGCGAAAUGCUAGUCUAUUAUUUUCUGUUCAUGGAGUGUUUUUUAUUUUUUAACAUGUCUCAAAAGUAAAUUUUUGGUAUAUUGCUUAUGAGAUUAUUAUUUAGAGCGAAAGCUUUAGUUGUAUUAGUUCUACAAAUAUUGGAAAAUAUGACUUAUUCCAUUCCAGUACAACGCAUGAAUGUGUGUGGUCGUAACUUUGGCUACUUUUAUCGCCAGGUAAUCAAGUAAAUCCGACCUCAAUAACCAACACUGCGUACACGGCCGUAAAGGCUCUGCUAUUUGAGCUGCCCAUGCGAUGCCGCCAGUUGUUUUGGCAGACUUACAGGACGGCUGCUCUCGCGACUGCAUCUUCUCUUGUCAACGGCCGAUUGAACUGCUUGCUGCUCGACGAGUGCCCUCUGUUUCUAUGAAAUCUGCGAGUGGCUACCCACCAACAACUGUCCUCUACACAGAGCUGUCCAGAACAUUUUUUGGUAUAAGUGAGCGUGGAGUAUAUAUAUCCCCACGCUCACUUAUGCCGAAGAAUGCAGGAUCAUAAUAAGGACGAAGAUGAACUGGUGCAGUGAUCAGUGGCCACUUCCAAUCGCCUCUGCCACCUCCAAUUCGCUGUCUUUUGACCAGACUACCUAUGACUGUCGCGCACUGCCUGCGACUGCGGUCAUCGCCGGCAGCAGGCACUGCUUGUGACUACGGUCAUCGCCAGCAGGCACUGCCUGCGACUACGGUCAUCUCCGGCAGCAGGCACUGCCUGCGACUACGGUCAUCUCCGGCAGCAGGCACUGCCUGUGACUACGGUCAUCGCCAGCAGGCACUGCCUGCGACUACGGUCAUCGCCGGCAGCAGGCACUGCCUGCGACUACGGUCAUCGCCGGCAGCAGGCACUGCCUGCGACUACGGUCAUCGCCGGCAGCAGGCACUGCCUGCGACUACGGUCAUCGCCGGCAGCAGGCACUGCCUGCGACUACGGUCAUCGCCGGCAGCAGGCACUGCCUUCGACUACGGGCAUCGCCAGCAGGCACUGCCUGCGACUCCGGUCAUCGUCGGCAGUUACUGCCCGCGCAACUCCGGUCAUCGCCGUCAGCUACUGCCCGCAACUCCGGUCAUCGCCGUCAGCUACUGCUCGCAAUUCCGGUCAUCGCCGUCAGCUACUGCCCGCGACUCCGUCCAUCGCCAGCAGCUCCUACCCACGGCUCCGUCCAUCGCCGGCAGCCACUGCCCGCGACUCUGGUCUCUGCCGGCAGCCACUGCCCGCAACUCCGGUCAUCGCCGGCAGCUCCUACCCACGGUUCCGUCUAUUGCCGGCAGCUACUGCCCGCAACUCCGGUCAUCGCCGUCAGCUACUGCCCGCAACUCCGGUCAUCGCCGUCAGCUACUGCUCGCAACUCCGGUCAUCGCAGGCAGCUCCUACCCACGGUUCCGUCUAUCGCCGGCAGCUACUGCCCGCAACUCCGGUCAUCGCCGGCAGCGCCUACCAACGGCGCCGUCCUUCGCCGGCACCCACUGCCCACGACUCCGGUCAUCGCCGGCACCUACUGCCCGCAACUCCGGUCAUCGCCGUCAGCUACUGCCCGCAACUCCGGUCAUCGCCGGCAGCUCCUACCCACGGCUCCGUCCAUCGCCGGCACCCACUGCCCACGACUCCGGUCAUCGCCGGCACCUACUGCCCGCAAUUCCGGUCAUCGCCGUCAGCUACUGCCCGCAACUCCGGUCAUCGCCGGCAGCUCCUACCCACGGCUCCGUCCAUCGCCGGCAGCCACUGUCCGCGACUCUGGUCUCUGCCGGCAAUUACUGCCCGCGACUCCGUCCAUCGCCAGCAGCUGCUGCUCGCGACUCCGGUCAGCGUCGGCAGCUCCUACCCACGGCUGCGUCCAUCGCCGGCAGCCACUGCCCGCGACUCCGGUCUCUGCCGGCAGUUACUGUCCGCGAUUCCGGUCAUCGCCGGCAGCUACUACCCGAGGCUCGUCUACCGCCGGAGUAUCCGCGCGAAGCUCCGGUAGCUGCGAGUUGAACGUCUCCCGUUCUGGUUACUGCGUGUAUCUGCAGCUCGAGUAGUAGAGCGCACCUCCGCCUGCAACUUCGGGCUCUGUGCGCUUUUACACCUGCAGCUUCUCCCGGUCGUUUCGCGCUCCUCCGCCUGCAGCUUCGGGUGGCACGUCUACUCGUUACGGAUGCUGCCCAUCUCUACCUGCAACUUCGAUAACGCGUGCCUCUUCAUCUGCGGCUGAGGUAAAUGCGCGCCUUCGCGCGCAACUCCGGUGGCUACUGGCUUGCACGUCUCUCCGUUCUGGAUGCUGCGUAUCUCUGCCUGCAACUCCGAUAACGUGCGCGCCUCUCCCUCUGCGGCUGCAAUUACUACGCGCGCCUCCGCGCGCUGCACUGGUCGCACCGUGAGGCAAGACUAUCAUCCGGUUGCUGCGUGUCUGCAGCUCUAUUCGUAGAGCGCGCCUCCGCCUGCAACACCAGUCUCUGCGCGCUUCUUCAGCUCCGGUUGCUGCGCAUCUCUGCCUGCUACUCUAAUUAUGCGUGCCUUAUCAUCUGCGGCUGCGGUCACUGCGCGCGCAACUCCGGUAGCUUCGGUAGGCACAUCUCCUACCCUAUUGCAGUUCUAGUCGUAGAGAGUGCCUCCACCUACAGCUCCGGUCGUCGCGCACUCCUCCACCUGCAGUUCAGAUCGUUGCGGGUGGCACUUCCACUUGUUCCGGUUGCUGCGCAUGUCUGCCUGCUACUCCGAUAACGUGCACCUCUCAAAUUUGCGGCUGCGGUAACCGUACUGCGCUCGCCUACGAGCGGAACUCCGAUCGCUUCGGGAAACACGUCUAACACCGUGUUGCUGCGCGCCUCCACCUGCAGUUCCGGGCACUGCGCGCAUGUCCACCUGCAACUCUGAUUGCUGCGGGUGCCCCAUCUAUCCGUUAUGUACGCUGGUCAUCCCCCAACUCCGGUCACUGCGCCCUUCUCCACUAGCAGCACCGCCCACUGCGCGCCUUUCCAUCUACGGCUCCGGACACUGCGCGCAUCUCCACCUGCAGCUCCGGUUACUUCGCGCAUCUCCAACUGCAGACCCGGUAGCUGCGGAUUUAGCAUCGCUUCGCUUCCUGUGGAGGUAACUAUUCAUCUACUUAGUGUGCUACAGAGGAGCAUCGGUUUCCGGUUGUUGACUGCGUCUCAACCUUCGGCUUCCGGUUACGUGGGAUUUUUGCGUCCUCCGGCACCGCGACCUGCGUUGGACUCAACAGAAUUCCCGUGAGCAUACAUUUGGUAACCAUUUGCUGUGUUUUUGCAUUGAGGUUUCAGUUGCCGAACUACAGCUAUCCCGACAAAUCAUAUAAGAACUUGGUCAGCUUACGGGGCUCUAGCACAUGUGACCCUGGAUUCUUCGUUGUCACAAUCUUACUUUUAGGUCUGAUCAGAUUACCCUACAAGGUGGCGUUCCUUGGAAUUGAUUGACCGAUUACAAAUAUUUUAACACGAGGUUAAGGAUUUGACUUUUGGUGAUGUAGAUACAAAAAUGAGGUAUGAUUGCUGACAAUUUUCAUGAUCGAAUUGAUUUUUUGACAGACCUGAAAUUUACCUGAAUAUUUAUUUUUCGUGACUAACUAAUGCUCUUAUCAUUUUUUCUUACAUUGUUAUAAUAUUCAUUAAUCAAUAGCGGAAUGAUAUAAAAUUCGUUUAUAACUGAUUAGUGUUAUUUUGCUUUAUUCUGUAAGAUUUUAAAUUUUACUAGGUAGGCAUUUAAAUAGUUUGUUCACAGAUGUAACAAAUGGUAAUGGUGAGACAAUAAAUAAUACAUUUAUGGUAUAUUAUUUUAUCCUUUUAUAAUAUAUUGUGUAUUGAAGAAGAACUUAAAUUGUUUAAUCUCCGUUUCUUUCAGGAAAAUAAAUAAUUUUAUUAUAUUACAUAUCCCAAAAAUAGGUUGUGCUAACAUUGUCCACAGAUGUAGACUUUAAUUACCUGGACAUGGUACUAAUACAAUCUUCCUAAUAAAAUCGAAGUACUAACUAGAAACUAAGAAAAAGGCUCCAAUACAAAUAAUAAAAUGAGAACAAACGAGAACGAGUCGGCAAAGAACAGUUUAGGAAGAUUUCUUUUAAAAACAGUAUAUGAUACAAGAAAUGUGUACGAUUGAAACACAAAUAAAUACAUAACGAAGACAGUUCUCAAGCACACAUUACGUGACAUUCGGCUGGGGUAAACCGCAUGUACCGACAUAAACAUCUCUUUAGUAAAUUUCAGUCUUUUAAACAUAUAAACGAAGUAAAAAAAAUAAAUGCGUACAAACUAAAUAAAGGAAAAUACUACAGAAGAUCAACGAUACAAAAAAGAGGUUUAACGAUAAAAUCGAAGAAUAAUGAAAUCAAAGCGAAAAAAAUAAUUGAAAUUAAAAUUCUGUGAAAAUUUGAGUUAAUACGAAGCCUGAAAUGUGAACACUAAAAAUAUCUAACUAUAAAAAGAUGGAAAAAUAUGCCAGAUGAUGGAGAUUUAAUUAAAAGCCUGAAAAAUCAGCACUCAAGCCCGAAUGCUGAAGACGAAGCCCUCUAAUGCUGUAGAAGAAGCUCGAAUACUGAAGACGAAGCCCGAAUACUUAAGAUGAAGAUUGAAGGCAGAAGUUCGAAUAUCGGUCCUGAAUCCCGAAGAGUGAAGACGACGCCCGAAGA